AUGUUUGACCUAUCAUCAAACUACUCUCUGUUCACUCUCCCUGUAGCUGUUGUUCUUGCCUAUGCACCUCACUUUCUGAAAGGAUCAAUUGUGGUCGGACAGACGGGCAAAUGGAAUAACAUUUCUCCUCGUAGCAAUGUCGACAAGGCUGAAAAGAUGAUGACUCAGGCUGCUUUUAGAAAAGCCAAGAGAUGCGAAGCCGCUCACCAGAACGGUUUGGAAUCAUUCUCAAUUUUUGCUGGUGCUGUUAUUGCGGCCAAUUACGCCAACGUGUCCAAUGUCACACUCAACAUUGCUUCGUGGUCGUACGUCUUGUGUCGUAUGAUCUAUAAUUAUGUAUACAUCAACGGAGAGAGUCAAGCAGUUGGGAAUCUUCGAAGUUUAAUAUGGUUUAUUAGUUUCUUGAUUCCAUCAUAUUUAUACGUGCUUGCUGCUGGAUCAGUUGCUUAA